AUGGGCUUUGUUAGCAGCUUUGUAGAAGGAAUUGCCCAGGACUAUGCUCUCGACACAGCAACGGACAAGUGGAAUGAGUUUGCUGAGAAGAAAUUCCAAACCAAGGAUCCAUAUACUUAUGAAACUCCGGAAGGUAAAAGUAAAAAGCUAAAACUACCUGAAAAUGCCACUAAGGAAGAACAAAAGAUGUGGAAGUGGGUUCAGAGGAGGGCCUGGGUGGAUGACAAAUGCUUCAUGGGGUGUUAUCCUGUUGAUUGUGGUAUUGGCCUUGGUCCAAUUUUAGUAAUUCUACCUGCAAUUGGGCCUUUCCUUAUGUAUGCUGUUCAUGCAAGGAUGGUACAUAAGGCAGCAAGUUUUUACAAAUUAGAUGCCAAGACAUUUUCCAAACUACAAGCUAACAUUCUUUUCGAUUUAAUCAUCAGUUUCCCACCUGUCAUUGGCUCAUUCUUUACGUGGAUGACCGGCUGUUCCACUAGAAAUGCCGCCAUUAUCCAUACAGAGGUAACGAAACGAUUAAUGAACAGAAAAAAUUCCAAAAUAGCCGAUAGCUCUGGGAAUCUUGAAAAAAAAACUCCACCAAGCUCCAAAGGACAGUUAAAUCCACAAAAUCCACAUGGAGAACAACGUAAAUUGAAUCCAUACCCGGAAAUUACACGACAGGUCCCUUCUCAAACUAAACGGGAAAACCUAACAAAACAUACCCCGUCGCAAUCAAAGCCAUUCUCUAACCCAGCCACACGCAGCUCCGAACGGCCUCUACCUAGAGCGCCAAAAGCGGGAUCGACGCCCAACAAUGUAGACUCUCCUUAUUCCCAACAGUCUCCACAACCGCCGGCAAAGUUUCCAGCACAGUACACAUACACAGAUAGGUACAGACAGUCCAAUGAUGUAAGAAAACCUCCGCCAGUGAGAAGACCUCCAUUCGAAAACAAAGAACAGCUUCCUCCGCCAGUCCCAGAUCGUGAUAUUCCCGAUGAACUAUACUACCCCGUUAAGGCACGUCCGCUAAAUGAGGUAGAGCACAAUCCUCAUGAAUUCUAUCCUGUUGAAUAUGAACAAGACGUUAAUAUUCAAGGACAGUAUCCAAUUUACUCAAAUAGGAAAUUUGUUUAA